AUGGACGGCCUCUAUGCAACGUUUCUACUCUGCGGGACCGCCUCUCUCUGGCCGUGGAAUGCCUUCCUCUCAGCAGCAGCCUUCUUCCAGGAAAGACUCUCAAAUCAUCAACACCUGGCAGAUAACUACACCUCGACUAUGAUGACCGUCUCGACCCUAACCUCGGUAAUAUGCAACUACAUGCUCUCUAGACAUCAGGCUAUAAAUUACAAGAAGCUGCUACUCUAUGGUAACGUCUUACAGGCCAGUAUUUUCGCAAUUAUGGCUGUCUCCGUCCUUAUAGAAACCCCGCAGGUCCCAUACUUCAUCUUCACCUCGUUUGCCGUCCUCGUUUCCUCCGUGGCCGCUUGCUUCACCCAGGUUGCUCUUAUGGCAUUGGCAAACUUACGUUCUGCAGAACUAUCGAAUGCCACCGUUGUUGGAAAUGCCGUUUCUGGCGUUUUACCUUCCGCAUCCAUGCUUGCAGGAGGUGGACGGGCUCUAUGGUACUUUAUUGCAUCUGUGGUCAUUGUCAUUGUAGCGCAGCUCGCUGUGUUUGCGUCGGACUGGAAGGAUGGAUACAAGGACGAAAUUAAUAUUGAAACCAUGGAAGAAUCCCUAGUCACAGAUACUCCAUCGAAUAAUUCGUCAGUUGCUUACUGGGAUUUGAAACCCAUUCAUCCACUUCACCUGGUGAUAACGAUAACAUUCUUCGUCACACUUGUAUUCCCUGUCUUUGCUUCCUCAGUUACCUCUCCAAAGGUAGCUUCGAAAACAUUCAUUCCAUUGGCAUUUUUCGUGUGGAAUUCCGGUGAUCUCCUGGGGCGACUCCUGUUGAACUACCAUCCACUGCUCCCAAGAGACACCCGCCACAUGGUUGCCUACUCCAUCCUGCGGAUCUUGUUUGUGCCGCUGUUUCUGUUCUGCAACGUGAAGGGCCGUGGAGGAUGGCCAGACGGUGUCUAUCUGCUACUCCAACUCGUUUUCGGUAUCACCAAUGGCCAUCUUUUCGGUGCCGCAUACAUGCAGGUCGGAGAAGUGUUGAGCACCGAUGGAGAGAAACAAGCAGCUGCAUCUUACACCGCCUUAGUCAUCAACAUAUCCUUGCUGGCUGGUAGUGUCUCUAGUUACCUGGUUGUCUUUCUCAUUAGAUAG